AUGCAUCACAAAAAACAUGAAAUUUGUCAUCAGUUAGUAUCAUCAUCAUCAUCGUAUCAUUAUCGAUUGGCAACAAGGUCUUCAACAUUUAAAUUCAACAAAUCAAUCACAGUCAAACGAUUAAGUAAAACUUCAACAUCAAGAAACGACGAAUCUCGGCUAACUAAUGGACGAUCAAUUGACUGUCAUCAACGUUCAACAUCUAUAACAACUGGCAAUAUUGCCUUAUUAACACAAAAUAAUCAUUCUUCUUCUCCAUUGAAUGUAAAUCGUCGUAGAUCCACGAAUACUUCUAAUAUGACAUCAUAUUCUGCACUUAAACGUAAAACUCAACGAUCUGAUGUAUCAUCAAAUAUAUCUCGAUAUCAAAUUAAUCUUGAACAUGUUCUUGGAUUUACUUCUAUAUCAAAUUCAGUUGUUAGUCAAGAUCGCUCAACAAUAGUUUAUGCUGCUGGUUCCACUGUUGUUCUAUAUGAUAUUCAUACGCAAAAACAAGAUUUUAUUAUUAAUACAGCUCGAAAAGCUAUUACAUCAUUAUCACUAUCACCUGAUGGACGAUAUUUAGCAACAGGCGAAUGUGGUCAUGAUCCUAAAGUACGCAUUUGGGAUUUGACUGGUGAUAAAACAGUUUGUAUUGAAUUGGGUGAUCAUAAAUUUGCUAUUGAUUGUGUGUGCUUUUCGCCAAAUGUUGAUCGUCUAGUUUCGAUUGGAUCUUUACAUGAUGGAAAUAUAUAUGUAUGGAAUUGGAAAGAUAAAAAAAAACUUGCAUCAAAUAAAUGUACAUGCGCUAUUCGUCGUGUUGCUUUCGCUGAAGAUGGAAGUUAUUUUGUUACAGUUGGUAAUCGUUAUGUGAAAUUUUGGUAUUUAAUAUCAACAUCAUCAUUGGAAGUUGUACCAUUACGUGGUCGUUAUGCAAUUUUAACUGAACGUAAAGAUAAUUUAUUUACUGAUGUUGUUUGUGGACGUGGUGAUUGUGCUGGUAUGACUUAUGUUAUAACAGCUAAUGGUCUUAUGUGUCAAUUCGAUGAACAACGACAAAUGCGUGGUGAACGUGAUCUUCAAGAAAAAGCAAAUUGUUUAGCUAUUGGUGAUUUAUAUCUUGUGGUUGGAUGUUCUAAAGGUGCUGUUUAUAUAUUUUCACCACAAACUCUUCAAUAUAUUAUGUCGAUUCCUUUACCACAUUAUUUGGGUGUUGAUAUUGCAUUUAUUACAUCGAUUGAUCAAAUGACGCAUCCACAACAACAAAAUAUGUCUUUUCCUGAUACAAUUGCUAUUUGUUUAGAUGAAGAUAAAUCUGUGCUAACAUGUUUCUAUAAUGAUCAUAGUUUUUAUAUAUGGGAUAUUAAAAAUGAACGAUCAAUAAAAAAACGUGAUUCUCAUCUGUAUCAUUCAGGUUGUGGUUGGGAAAUUGAAACUUAUUCAAAAAUGAACACAUCACCUUCGAUUCUUCCACAUUUAUCAUUUAUAACAUGUUCAUCUGAUAAUUCUAUACGUUUUUGGUCAUUAAAUCAUAAGGAAACUGAUUCACAUUUUACUUCAUCAUCAUCAUCAUCAUCAUUAUCUUCAAAUAUAUUUAGUAGACAAUUAAUGAAAAUUGUUUAUUUAGAUGAUGAUUAUUCAAAAUUAUGUCACAGUCAAACAACACAAGAACGACCUGAAUUUGUACCAAAAAUUGGUGGUCGUUGUAUGAAAAUAAAUCCCGAUGGUUUAUCAUUAGCAAUAGGUGACAGAAAUGGAAAUAUUCACAUAUUUAAUAUGGAAAUAUUUCAACAAAUUGCACUUAUUGAAGCACAUGAUAGUGAAGUACUUAGUGUUGAUUACAGUUAUUCAUCUGAUAUGAGUGUGACAUUGUUGGCAUCAAGUAGUCGUGAUCGUUUUAUUCAUAUAUUUGAUGUAACAAAAGAUUAUCAACUUGUUGCAACAUUAGAUGAUCAUUCAGCAGCUAUAACAACUAUUCGUUUUACAUUUUCAUCAAUAACUUCGAAUUUACAAUUAAUUUCAUGUAGUGCCGAUAAGUCAUUGAUAUUUCGUUCAGUUACAAAAAAUGAAAAUGGAAAAUAUCAAUUUAUGCGUUCCAAUAAUAUUGUUGAAAAACAAACAUUUUAUGAUUUAGCUAUUGAUCAUACACGUGAACUUGUUAGUACAGCUUGUCAAGAUCGAAUGAUAAGAGUUUAUAACUUACAAGAUGGUAAACGAGUACGAACAUGUAAAGGAUCCAUUGGCGACGAUACUGGUUAUUUAAUUAAAAUUGAUUUUGAUACAUCAGGACGAUACUUAGCAACAUCUUGUUCGAAUAAAUGUGUUUAUAUUUGGGAUACAAUAACGACAGAAUGUGUUGCAUCUCUUUGUGGACAUAGUGAAAUUAUUACUGAUUUAAAAUUUAGUCAAGAUGGACAUUAUUUAUAUACGAUUUCGGGUGAUAGCUGUAUUUUUGUUUGGAAUAUUACUGAAUUAGCAAUUGUACCAACAACAUGUCGGAUUCAACCAUUAUCUUCAACGAAAUCAACUGAUCUAGAAAUAACUGAAGUCAAUGAAUCAAUAUCACAAGCAUCAAAUAUUAAUGAUGAACAUCAACGAAAUUUAAAAGGUCAACGAAGUUUAUGGGCAACAGUUGAACCACGUUUACCAUCAUUUGAAUCAAAAUUUAUUCGAACACAAUUAUUUGAUAUCUUUAAUGAAGAUUCAUGUAAUAAAAUGGUUCGUUCAAUAAGUUCACAAGAUGAUGCAUCAGCUUUUCUUGAUGAAGAUGAUGAUCCAACAUUCUCAACAACAAUAAAUAGUACAAAUGGAAAAAUGAAUUCAUUUUUUACCGAAAAUUAUGAUCACGAAAAUGUCGCAACUAAUACAAUUAUUAAUAAUGAAGAUAUUUCAUCAAAUGAAAUCAAACAACGAAAAAGUGUGUCAGCUCGUUUUCGUUCGAUUUCAAAAGAUACAAUAACGACUGAUACAUUAUUAACAGCAAUUAAUACAAAUCAAGAAAAUAUGUCUCUAAUUUCAUCAACAACAUCCCAUCGUCAAAGUAAAUAUAUUCAAUCACGGACAAUGAUUACAACAACAACAAAUGAAUCAAAAAUAACAUCAUCAAAACCAUCAAUAACACGAAAAAUUCUUAAUCGAACACGAUCUGAAGAUCGUUCUCGUGGUUCAUCUCUUUCUCUUGUCAAUAAUAUUACAGAUACAACAUCAUCAUCAUCAUCUUCUAAUUGUCAAUUACCAUCAUAUGCUGCUCAUACAUCAAGUUCAAUAAAUAAACUUCGUGAAAAUACAAUGUCAGUAACUUUACCUCCGCCGGUAAUUCCUCUUCUUUCAUCAAUCUCAAAUUCUUCAUUAGCUAUUUCUUCUUCCCAAACACGUCGGAUUCCAUCAGUUGUUUCUCUUGAUACUCGUUUACCAUCUACUAAAAAUAUAUCAAAAUCUCGUUCAACACAAAAUCUUAUUCUUCCAACAACAGUUAUACCGAAUUCUAGCAUUCAGAAAUCUAAAUUAUUAUCAUCACGUCGAGUGAAAAAUCCCCGUGUUCCUCGACGACCACCUAAUUUACCAAUAACAACAACAAUAGCGACAACAAAUACUCAAUCAUCAUCUUCACCAUCAUCAUCGAAUAGUUCAUCUCCAACAAAAACAAAACAACAUCUUCCAUCUUGUUUACAAGAUUCUAUUUUACCAUUACGUGAAUUAGAUAAUUCAACAAAUGAUCUUAUGCCAAAAUGGGCACAAGAUUGUUUCUAUCGAACAGUUGUACUUGGUUUAAAACCAUUACUUUUACAAGAUAUUCCAUCAUCACCACUAAAAUAUUCAACUAGUACAUCAUCUAUUGAAAGUUCUGAUUCAUUAGAAGCAACAAGUGAAUUAUUAAAUAAUCAAAAACAAAUUAAAGUACGACGAAGUAUAUCAAUAUCAGAUUAUAAACCAAUUGAAAUAAAAACAAACAAAGAAAAGUAUCAAGAACGAUAA